AAUAAUGUGCAUUUCUAACGGUCGUCUCGAUCUUACACUGUUCUUUCUUUAACAACUCGCGGUCAUUGCAGUGCAUUGUCAUUUGCAGAACGAAUUUCGGAGCACUCUUUCAUCUUUCGUCGUAAACGGAAGGUUACACUGGAUACAUGCGCAUGUCUUUUCAACUGCUGACAAGUACCUGCGUCAAUUUUGAUGACGUUUACUGCAUCCAAACUGGAAGAGAUGAUUUUUCGAUAUUACAAGACGCCUGGUAUAAGCAGAAGUGCUUCUCUUGAAGCAGAAAAGAAGAUAAGAUUGCUGGUAGACAAUUUGGAUACAGUCCAGACUGAGUUAUGUUACUAUAUCCAAACUACACAAGAUCUGGAGGAGGAAGAUAGAGAGAAGCUGGUAUGGAUUCUGUCUACACCAUUUCAAAGACAAGCGUUGUCACAAGAAACAUCAUUAACAGAGGGUGAUUCAUCCCUGCUCAUUGAAAUAGGUCCCAGGUUAAAUUUUUCUACUCCGAUGUCAACAAAUGCAGUUUCAAUUUGCAAAUCAGUUGGCUUGUCAAAGGUGACAAGAAUAGAAGCUUCUGUAAGAUAUUUGAUCAGUCUCCAUGGUAACAGACCAUCAGAUGAUAUGGAAGAUAGAUUGGUUCAAUGUUUGCAUGAUCGGAUGACCCAGUGUAGAUAUUUGAAACCUGUAGAAACAUUUGAGCUGGAUGUUCAGUCUGAACCAGUCUAUGAUGUUGAUGUGAUUGGGAGUGGACGUUCUGCCCUUGAAAAGGCGAAUAAAGACUUAGGUCUUGCAUUUGAUGACUGGGACCUUGAUUUCUACACAGAUCUGUUCCAGAAUAAAGUCAAGAGAAACCCAACCAGUGUGGAAUGUUUUGAUCUUGCACAGUCUAAUAGUGAGCACAGUCGUCAUUGGUUUUUUCGUGGGAAGUUGGUAAUUGACGGGAAGGAGGAGGAUGGUUCCCUGUUUAAGAUGAUCAUGUCAACGCAGGAACAUACUAACAACAAUAACGUGAUCAAGUUCAAUGAUAAUAGCAGUGGUAUACGAGGUUAUGAUGUGAUUGUGUAUAAACCCUCAGACCCGACUGAACCAAGCAGAAUGGUGGAGGUAAACAAGGAAACAAGGCACAUCAUCUUUACAGCAGAAACACACAACUUCCCUACAGGAGUUGCCCCUUUUCCAGGAGCAACAACUGGGACUGGAGGUAGAAUCCGAGAUGUUCACUGUACUGGUCGUGGAGCGCAUGUUGUUGCAGGAACAGCAGGAUAUUGUUUUGGAAAUCUCAAUAUUCCAGGUUAUGUGCUGCCAUGGGAAGACAGUACUUAUGAGUAUCCAACAAACUUUGCUUCACCCCUAGAGAUAGCUAUUGAAGCAAGCAAUGGAGCAUCAGACUAUGGUAACAAGUUUGGAGAGCCGGUCCUUGCCGGGUUUGCACGCUCGUUUGGAAUGGAAGUAACUGCUGGUGACAGAAGAGAGUACAUUAAACCUAUCAUGUUUAGUGCUGGUAUAGGGCAGCUAGAAGGAUCACAUGUCGAUAAACAAGUUGCAGAAAAAGGUAUGGAAGUUGCAAAAGUUGGUGGUCCAGUGUAUCGUAUUGGUGUAGGGGGUGGCGCUGCGUCUUCCGUACAGGUUCAAGGAGACAACAAAUCGGAGCUAGAUUUUGGGGCCGUCCAGCGUGGAGAUGCAGAAAUGGAACAGAAACUGAAUCGUUUGAUACGAGCUUGUGUAGAAAUGGGCAAAAACAAUCCUAUUGCAAGUAUUCAUGACCAGGGAGCGGGAGGAAAUGGUAAUGUAUUGAAGGAGAUAGUUGAGCCAGCUGGUGCCAUAAUCCGAGCCUCAGACUUCCAGCUUGGGGAUCCAACCAUCAGUAUCCUAGAGCUGUGGGGAGCAGAAUAUCAGGAAACGAAUGCCAUACUGCUGGCACGGGAGCAUAUUCCAUUACUGGAAAAGGUUGGACAGAGGGAAAGGUGCCCGGUCUCAUGUGUUGGUACUGUGACAGGAGAUGGUAAGAUCUGUUUAGAAGACUUUAAAAGACAAACAAAGAAGAAAUGUACAGAAGAAACAGGCAGUGCUGUUAAAAAGCAGAAAUUGGAUAAUGGUACAUCUUUAGAACUUAAUGGUGACAUGAAUGGGCAUGACAAUAACAGAGCCAAUCAACAGACUACUAAUGGUCAUGUGACAAGUGAAACAAUCAAUGGUAUUCCUUCAGAUGGUCAUGUGAUAAAUGGAGCAGCCAAUGGCACAAGAGAUGUAGAUGAAAGUGGGGAUCACAGAAGAUACCCUGUAGAUUUGAAACUUGAACAUGUUCUUGGUAAAAUGCCUCAGAAGGUGUUCCAUCUAAACCAUGCACAAUUACCCCUGCAACCCAUGUGUGUAGCCUCAGAAUUGACUGUAAGAGAGGUUCUAGAAAGAGUCCUCAGACUUCCUGCAGUGGCCAGCAAAAGAUACCUCACUAAUAAGGUAGAUAGAUGUGUCACAGGUUUGGUUGCCCAGCAACAGUGUGUCGGUCCCCUGCACACACCACUAGCUGAUGUUGCUGUGACAGCCCUGUCAUACAUGGAAAAAAGAGGAUCGGCCACAUCCAUUGGAGAACAGCCAAUCAAAGGCUUGAUAGACCCUGCAUGUGGGGCCAGAAUGUCAGUAGGCGAGGCCCUGACAAAUCUAGUCUUUGCUAAAGUGUCUGAUCUCAGAGAUGUGAAAUGUAGUGGUAACUGGAUGUGGCCCGCCAAACUACCUGGUGAAGGAGCCGGCCUGGUGGAUGCUUGUCGUGCAAUGUGUGAUGUGAUGGGGAAACUGGGUAUUGCCGUUGAUGGAGGGAAGGACUCUCUCAGUAUGGCUGCACGCGUUGGUGACAAGACAGUUAAGGCUCCAGGUACUCUGGUGAUCUCGGCCUAUGUGGGUUGUCCAGAUAUUACACAAACAGUUACACCAGAUCUCAAAACACCAGGAGGAAAAGGUAGUAUUAUGUAUGUUGAUAUUGGUGGUGGCAAGUGUCGUCUGGGAGGAACAGCAUUUGCUCAGUGUUUCAAACAGCUUGGUAACCAAUCUCCUGAUCUUGACCACCCAGAAGUAUUAAAAUCUGCUUUCAAUGUCACCCAGAAGCUUAUUGAAGAAAGAAAGAUUGUAGCAGGACAUGAUAUAAGUGAUGGUGGAGUGAUAACAUGUUUGCUGGAGAUGGCAUUUGCUGGAAACUCUGGUCUCAGUAUUGAUAUAGCCUCUCAAAAUUGCACUAAUAUAGAAACAUUGUUUCAUGAAGAACUUGGUCUAAUUUUGGAAGUUGAUGAAGCAGAUGUACAGUAUGUUACAGAGGCUUACACUGCAGACAAUAUUUCCUGCAAUAUGAUUGGUCACUCAGUAGGAGGUGAAACAAAUUCAAUGAUUGAAGUGAAAGUGAAUGGUACAAAUGUGCUAUCGGAGAUGAUGGUUGUGCUCAGAGAUAUUUGGGAGGAGACAAGUUUUCAGCUGGAGCUACGCCAGGCCAAUCCAGAAUGUGUUUCUCAGGAGAAAGAGGGAUUGACAAGUAGGAAGCAACCACCAUACAAGCUCACCUUUGAUCCUGAUAUUGUCCAUAUUGUACCACAGGGUUUUGCAGGCAAGAUGUGUCCCCGAGUGGCGGUACUUCGAGAAGAAGGUAGCAACAGUGAUCGAGAGAUGUCGGCAGCCCUGAUGAUGGCAGGCUUUGAGGUAUGGGAUGUUAACAUGCAGGACCUGUGUUCUGGCAGUAUUACAUUGGACCGUUUUCAUGGUGUGGUCUUUGUUGGAGGAUUCAGCUAUGCAGAUGUACUUGGCUCAGCUAAAGGUUGGGCGGCAACAGCCAUGUUUAACCAGUCUGUGAGAGAUCAGUUUGCAGCAUUCAGACAGAGGGCUGAUACAUUCAGUUUGGGUGUAUGUAAUGGGUGUCAGUUGAUGGGAUUACUAGGCUGGGUCUCGCCAGACACAGAUUGUUCAGAAAAUGAGACCAGGCAAGGAGUGUUCCUUGACCACAAUGACUCGGAGAGGUUUGAAUGUCGGUUUGUGACUGUGAAGGUAUAUGAUAGUCCCGCAAUCAUGUUUCGGGGAAUGGAGGAUACAGUGUUUGGCAUGUGGAGUGCCCAUGGGGAAGGCAAGAUGGUUUUCAAGAAUGACUCGAUUUAUGACAACCUCAGAACAAAUAAACUGAUACCGGUAAGAUAUGUGAAUGAUGAAGGUGAGGCUACUACAGUCUAUCCUUUCAAUCCAAAUGGUUCUCCAGAUGGAGUUGCUGCCCUUUGUUCAGAAGAUGGUCGCCACCUUGCUAUAAUGCCACACCCUGAGCGAUGUUUCCUGCCAUGGCAAUGCCCAUGGAUGCCAGUGGAACAAAGACAGACUCUUGAUGUUUCACCAUGGAUGAAAAUGUUUCAGAAUGCAUUUGACUGGAGUAUACAAGUUGUUAAUGUAUCUGAAUAGAUACACAGUUUUGAUGUAAUUUUCAGAUUUGGUACCAAAGGAAUCUCUAAAAUAUCUCAAACAUAAAUUGACUUGAUGAGUGAGGUAUCUUAAAGGGUUUUUAGUUUUAAAGUUCACAAAGUGGUACAUACAGGCUGUAAGUUUUGUCAGCUGAUCUCAUUUUUACAUAUCUAUGAUACUUGGUAUAAUGUGAUACAUAUAUCAGAAUUGGUGCAUUUUGUUUUUGUUUUUCUUCAUUUUUUGUUUGUGUUGUACCCCAUGUACUGAGAUAUAUGACUUUCCACUGUUAAUGGGAUUAUUUUUGUCCAAAGAUUUAGAGAUUUGCAUAAUAUUUUUGUACUCAAAAAGUUAUACAUUGUUGAUUGAUUUACUUUCUUUUAUAUUUUUUGCUAUGUUUUUUUUGCCAUUUCAUUUACAUGAAAAUACUCGUAUUUGAUUUUAUACAGUGCCUUCCGUAGGUUUAGCGACAGAUGAGUUUUCAUCAGACUAUAGACAGGUAUGAUUCAUAAUAAUCUUCAAUACAGUGUAAGACUUGAACAACGUAAAUAGACUGCACCAUCUUGAAUUACACCAGUACUGAUUUUGGAGGAAGCUGACUCCAGAAUGGUUCAAAUAAGCUUUAAGCUUUCAUUCAAGCUAUAAUAUAUUGGUGUAAACAAAACUAAGAAGAAUUUCAGCUGCUUCAGUGACUAGUAAAUGAAAACAUCAUACUUUACUAUUAACAGUUGUGCAGGUACUAACUACUAGUCUGUAGACUUGGGGGCACUGCAUGUAGUUGCUAAACCUUGUAUGCCAAAAACUUCAAUUUGUGCAUUUCAGUAUUGAUUCUUUAUAUUUUAUUUUUGAGAAAGGGGCUAGUUUCCAUGUCUCGAAUGAAUAACAACAUAAUGUAGUGUUUGCCUUGCAGUAAACAGUCUAUUCAA